AUGGCUGAGGAUAUUACUACUUUGUGGGAUAGAUUGUCUCUCACGGAAGAGGAGUCUAAGGAUGUUGUUGUAAAGGAAGGUGAUAUUCAUGCAACUUUGGAAAGGGGUAGAUUCUGUUUGAUUGGUAAGAUUAUCACUGAAAAGAGGGUGAAUCGAGAUGCUUUUAAGGGUACUAUGUUGAAAAUAUGGAAAGUGGACACUACUGUAAACAUUGUUGACGUGGGCUUUAAUCUUUUCCUCUUCGAGUUUGCUAAUGAAACUGACUUGCAAAAGGUGUGCGAUGGCCAGCCUUGGUCUUUUGAUCAAUGUCUCCUUUGUAUCAAAUACUUUGAUGGCCUUACUUCUCCGUCUGCUAUGCCCUUCACUCAUACUUACUUAUGGAUUCAGUUACAUAACUUGCCUUUUGGAUGUAUGAAUGCUGAGAUUGGUGUUCAAUUGGGUAGUUCAGUUGGGAAAGUAAUUCAUGUGGAGGCUGAUGAGAUGGGUAUUUGUUGGGGAAGGUACCUUCGUGUUCUGCUCGAGUUGGAUUUCACUAUGCCAUUGAUUCGUGGGAAGAUGAUUAAUGUUUAUGGGAAGAGGUCUUUUAUUCAGUUCAAGUAUGAGAGAAUGCCGAGAUUUUGUUUCUAUUGUGGACUGCUCUUACAUGGUACGAAUGGGUGCUCUCAAAAGCCUUAUGUUGGCUCUGAAAGGGAUGUUUCAAAUCUUCAAUAUGGUAGUUGGAUGAGAGCCUCUAUUACUGGUCCAUACUUGGGACUUAGCAAGUUUGUUUCUGCUAUUCCCAUGGAUUGUUUUCUGCUGUUGAAGGAAGGAAGAUGA